AAUGAAUCUGCAGACGUGCAAGGCAACCCCACUGAAUCGCCUGUUCAGGAAACUGCGGCCGCUACGGCAAUUGGAAUGUAUGAGGAGCUACAGCGAACUCAUGUAAGCACCAAUUUUGUAAAAUUUGCUCGCGAGCGAUUGCAUCCGGAAAUUGCACGAGUGAAGCUCCAGCUCGCCAACAAUAGUAAACGCCAUUUACAGUGGGGUAUUAAAUGCACCAGCGAUGCCAUUCAGGCACUUCCAAAGGCAAAUGGCAUGAUCAAGGCUUUCGACAUCAACGAAUGCACGCUGGUUUGGCAACGUCCUAAAAACAAUAAAUCGUGGCGCGAGCUACCUGUGCUAAAAAUGAUGCUUUCUAUAAAACUGCUUUCAGCAGAUACAGGAAAAGUGGUCGGUGAAGCGGACAAAAAAUUUCUGGGUAAUAUUUUUGGGUAUUCAACCUGA